UCCGGGUGUGCGGCAUCGGAAACGCUUCAUGAGAGAAAGGCGGACCCCUCUGCUGUCCUUUCUUUGAAACUUUAUUUUUUAACAAUUGCCUGCAGUGCACUAUAGAACUACCAGGUGUUCAAUUUAGCAAAUUAUUUAAUUCCUUUAACGCUGCAAAGUGUAUAGCCUCCUUCCCUUGACUACGGAGUGAUCUGUCAAGAACUGCUUGCCUUGAGAGAAGUUUGACAGCUGCCUUUUUCAUUAGGGAAGCCACAGUGAACUCUUGGAACACAAGAAAAUGGGGGAUAAAGAAUUGAUGUGGGCCUUGAAAAAUGGAGACCUCGACGAGGUUAAGACUCUAAUGAAGGAUGAGGAUGUGAACCGGACCCUGGAGGGUGGCAGGAAGCCCCUGCACUAUGCUGCUGAUUGUGGCCAGGCUGAGAUGCUGGAGUUCCUCCUCUCCAAGGGCGCAGAUGUCAACGCCCCAGACAAACAUGGCAUCACUCCGCUGCUCUCUGCCACGUACGAGGGUCACCUGACCUGUGUCAAGAUCCUGCUAGAAAAGGGAGCCGACAAGGAGCAGAAAGGACCAGACGGACAGAGCGCCUUCGAAGCAGCCGAGACCGACGCCAUCAAGGCUCUCCUCAAGUGAGACGGGAGCCUAGAGGGGACGGAUGCAGCAGUGGUCCCCCAGACAGACAGGAUGGACACACCCCUUCCCCCGACCUCUGUCUUUAGCACUGCUUUGUCUGUUUGCAGUUUUAGUUUUUUUCCCUUUUUUGUUUUGUUUUUUAAGUUGUAGUGAUUCUCUCUUCUUCUUGCCUCUUCAGUAGCCAUUGAAUGGAUGGACUUGUCAAUCAUGUCUCCCUUGGGGACCAAACACUGAGGGGAAAAGCACCGACUUGGACCCUCCCAGAACACACAAGGAUGCAAUGUAAAAAAAAAAUGAAUAGAGCUUAACACUUAAAUAUGAUCGCUCUCAAGUCCUGUGUGCGCUCCUUGCACAAAGAUGUUGGCAGAAAAACCGGAGACAUUCAAUAGUGUUCAAUUUUGUUGGCCGUUUUCAGUAUUGUAAGACCACUUGGUUAUAUUCAUCUUCCAAGCAUCAGUUGUGCUAGAUGGAGAACGGUUGUAAAGAUAUUCUAUUAGCCCAGUAAGAUGGCCUCUUUCCCCUGACUGUGUGCUGUAGCUCUUCUCUGUAGACCUGACUGGCUAACUGUCCAGCGCUUCAACUGGGGGCGGGGGUUUGUACUGUAUGAGAGGGUAGGUCCUGUUUAGGUUGCUAAUAAUAUUGGUUACCCACUCUCUACGUAACCCUCUACUGAUAACAUAUCACACUAAACAUUUAUGACCAAGGUUACUCUAACGUAUAAUAGCGUAAAUACCCCUUGACCAAUCACCACGUUGGCUAUUACAAAAAAUGUAUGUAAAAAAAAAAAAAAAAAGAUGAAUCUGUUAUUAAAACAUUGCUGUGUAGUGAUGUCAUUAUGUCAACAUUGACCAUUAUGCAAUUUAGAAUUGUAUAAUGUUUUUCCCUUUUUGAUUGAGUUUUGAACGUGUUCUGAUCUGCAAUCCUUUGUUGCCGCAGUGUGUUUUGUAUUAGAUGAAUUUGGUGGGUGGGCUCUGAACGGAGGGAUAUACAGGGGUUUAGGGUUCAAACUGUGGCUCGGGGAAAUGAUCGUCCUCUCGCUCUCUGGGUUUGAUUAACCUGCCGGCUCUGCUGCAUGUCAGAACUGCUUCUACUGCUACGUUCUCCAAAAUGGCUGCCUCUCUCUUUUGGUUGCUUUCAAGUAAUUACAAUGCAAUGGUAACAAAAUACUUUCUCUCUGGCAUUGUUGUUGUGAGGGGAAAACUGAAAUAAAAAAUCUGAAUUCUU